CCCUCCUCGGCGCCGUCUUCGGCCACCUCGCCGCCAUGGGCCGCCCCCUGCUGGGCCGGGCCCCGGCCCGUAGGCCACGGAGGCGCCCGCGAGCAUCUCCCACAUGGCGUUGCCGUCGGUGCUGGUCUGGUACCUCUUCCAGAUGCAGGCGGCGGACGAGAGCCUGGUCCUGGAGCAGCGCCGAAGCCGCGCCGCCGAGGCGCCUUACAGUGUGGGCGUGGCGAUCGAGGACCCCCUCCCGACGCUGCUGAAGGAGCUGCUCGUAACGAACCCCGUGGUGCUCGUGGUGUUGGGCUGUUGCGCCGCGAUACCGAUUCUCCUCUCCAACGCGAUGGUGACCCUCAAGACCGAGCGGGGCAGGAUGGCGCAGACGCACCUGACACUCACCUACCUGCCGAUGGUCCUGUUCCAGCUGGGGUUUCUGUUCGUGCUCUCCACGGUGGACUUCCUGGACCUUCCAGCGUUCUACCUGACCGGCGGGGUCUACCUGGUGAGCGCGCCCUGCCUGCUGACAUGGUUCGCCUCCCCCGACGCCAAGAACAUGGAGGAUAUGACCCGCCGCGACGAGCAGGAGGCCCAGAAGGCCUACGAGGCCUUCACGAAGGAGACGAAGGACUCGGUGGCCGCGAAGAACACCGAGAUCGUCACCAAAUCCGAGGAGAAGGCCAAGGCCGAGGGUGCGCUCGUGGAGGCCAAGGAGGAGCGGGAGUCGGUCCUGCUGGAGUUGGAGCAGCUCUCCAACUACAACGCGGAACUGCACCAGUCCUGCGAUUUCACCACCAAGAAUUUCGAGCUGCGCCAGACUGCCCGCGCGGAGGAGAUCGAGGCCUUGCGGCAGGCCAAGGCCAUCCUCUCCGGCUCCGACUUCUCGGUGGAGGUCUGAUCCCCCGGGCCGCAGGCCGCCGGCCCGCCUCCUCCGUCUCUCCCCCCUCGGCGCCUUGUUCCCCUCCUCGGUCGCGUGCUCUGUGUGCUCCCCGGCAUCCCCUCUGCUGUACGCCCGCGUGCGCGCGCUGCCUGCGUCGGCGGCGCUGUGCACUCGUCUCCCAGGAA